GCAGCACUGCCACGCCGGCCACCCACCUGCCGACACACACAGAGCCAUGGGGCGACAGAAGGAGCUGGUGUCACGUUGCGGGGAGAUGCUGCACAUUCGCUACCGGCUGCUUCGACAGGCGAUGGCUGAGUGUCUGGGGACCCUCAUCCUUGUGAUGUUUGGCUGUGGCUCUGUAGCCCAGGUGGUGCUCAGCCGGGGAACACACGGUGGCUUCCUCACCAUCAACCUGGCCUUCGGCUUUGCUGUCACCCUAGGUAUCCUCAUAGCUGGCCAGGUCUCUGGGGCCCACCUGAACCCUGCUGUGACCUUUGCAAUGUGCUUCUUGGCACGAGAGCCCUGGAUCAAACUGCCCAUCUAUACCCUGGCUCAGACCCUGGGAGCCUUCUUGGGUGCCGGGAUCAUUUUUGGGCUGUACUACGAUGCAAUCUGGAGCUUCGCCAACAAUGAGCUUGUAGUCUCAGGCCCCAACGGCACAGCUGGUAUCUUUGCUACCUACCCCUCUGGACACUUGGAUAUGGUCAAUGGCUUCUUCGACCAGUUCAUAGGCACAGCCUCCCUCAUUGUGUGUGUGCUGGCCAUUGUCGAUCCCUACAACAAUCCUGUUCCCCGCGGCCUGGAGGCCUUCACUGUGGGCCUUGUGGUCCUAGUCAUUGGCACCUCCAUGGGCUUCAAUUCUGGCUAUGCCGUCAACCCUGCCCGCGACUUUGGGCCCCGCCUUUUCACAGCUAUUGCUGGCUGGGGCUCAGAAGUUUUCACGACCGGCCGGCACUGGUGGUGGGUGCCCAUCGUCUCUCCACUCCUGGGUUCCAUUGCGGGUGUCUUUGUGUACCAAGUCAUGAUUGGCUGCCACCUGGAGCAGCCCCCACCCUCCACUGAACAGGAGAAUGUGAAGCUGGCCCAUGUGAAGCACAAGGAGCAGAUCUGAUCUGGCAGUGGCCAUGCCUGUCCUGUCCCUUCCCUUGAACAUUAAUGACUGUGCAGGGACCACUACUUAGAAGCCCCUCCAUAUCUACCCCAGCUGGUCUGCCUCCUCCGAGAUUCCAUGGGACUUGCCCAAUUGUACAGAGAAAGAAAAUGAGCAGCAGGCAGGCGUGUGUGUGUGUGUGUGUGUGUGUGUGUGUGUAUGUGUGGUGUUUCCCAGAUAUUCAGGGCAAGAGCCUAAGCUUUCCUAAAAGAUCCUAAUGAUGCAGAGAGCCAAAGAGAAAGGAGAGGUACUACGUCCCUCUGAGUGAGGGAAGUACCAAGGUGUGUAUAGUUAGGGGCUCCAUAGGGAGGGCCCUGGUGUGUGUGUGUGUUUCUGAGUAUGUGUGUGUGUGUGUGCUCUUCUUUCUAAGUGGGUCUUCUUUAGGUUUUGGGGAGGAGGGGCCCCUGCUCCCAUUUGGAGCUCUAGAAUCCUUGAGUAGAAACUGUGUAACAUGUUUCUGUUAUGGGGGAGGUGGUGAAGUCCAGGUCAUAAGUUUCAUGUUUGCUUUUAUGCUUUUAUGUU